GUGUGGAGUUGGCGGGCUGAUGAUUAUGGUGACAAGGUACAGAGCUCGUGCAUGCUCCCGACACCUCCGACAGAAAGUAUCCGUACACUCGACCCAACUAUCCUUACCACUCAAUAGUCGCACAGCCUGCCCCCUCUAAUCUUUUUUUCCCGUGGCCGCAGUAUUCGCGUGCAAGUAUAAGACCAUGCUGCCUCCUCGACUGUAUUCGGCUUCCGCAACUGCAACUGCUACUGCUAUUCCCUACUUCUCCAAGCCAUUGCUUACCAGUCUCCGUCGUCCGCCCUCCACUCCUGCUGCUGCUGCCCUUCGCACCCAACGCUCCACCUCCGCCGCCACCUGCCUGUCGACCGCUUCCCCGCCGUCGUCCACUGCCUUUGCUGCUCGCCCGCCGCCCUCUCUCUCCCGCCGAACCCUCUCAUCUUUCGCACGAGCGAAACACGUUUGCCUUGGUCAGGCCUCAGAAACAAGUCAACUACCCGCAAUGACUAUCCCUACUCGCUCCUCUUCGACCGAUGACCAUGAUGCCGUCUCGUCUUUCGACUUCAGCCACAUGAAGUUCCAGAUCGACGGUUCGAGCUCGUCGUCCCCUCACCCAACGACUAUCGACUUCGAUACCUCGUUCGACGAGGCCGCUCGCAAGGCUCUGCACAUCCAGGGUCUCGUGCCUCCGGCCGUCGAGGGUUUCUCCAAGCAGGAGCGUCGCUGCAUGGAGCAAAUCAACCUGAAGAGCACCGCCAUCGACAAGUACAGCUACCUGUCGAAUCUCCGCAACACCAAUGCCGGUCUUUUCUACCGCCUCCUCAUCGACCACAUGAAGGAGCUCACCCCCUACGUGUACACCCCCACCGUCGGCGAGGCUUGCCUCAAGUGGUCGCAUAUCUACACGAAUCCUGAGGGUCUCUAUCUGUCGUACACGGACAAGGGAAACCUCAAGGACGUCGUCGCCAACUGGCCCCAGGAGCUCGUCGAGAUUGCCGUCGUCACUGAUGGAUCCCGUAUCCUCGGUCUCGGAGAUCUCGGAGUGAACGGCAUGGGUAUCCCCGUCGGAAAACUUGCCCUCUACGUCGGAUGCGCCGGUAUCCACCCCGAACGCACCCUACCAAUCACCCUCGAUUUCGGUACGAAUAACGAGGAGUUCCUGAAGGACGACCUGUACAUGGGCGCGCGACACAAGCGUGUCUCCGAGGACGAGCAAAAGGAGUUCCUCGAUGAGAUGAUGACCGCCCUCACCGAUAGGUGGAGGAGCAUCGUCAUCCAGUUUGAGGAUUUCAAGUCUCCUUUCUGGUCCCUUGAGCGGUAUCGCAACACCUACACCGUCUUCAACGACGACAUCCAGGGAACCGGUGCCGUUAUUCUCGGCGGUCUGAUCAGCGCCUUCAAGAGGUCCUCCCUCCCCAUGAAGGAUCACAAGCUCGUCUUCAUGGGUGCCGGCUCUGCCGCCACCGGUGUCGCCGAGCAGAUCUGUGGACUGUUCACUCGCAAUGGCAUCCCCGAAGAGGAGGCCAAGAAGAUGUUCUGGCUCGUCGACUCACGCGGUCUCGUUACCAAGGAUCGCGGUGAUACAUUGGCCGAUCACAAGAUUCAUUUCGCUCGCGAAGACAACGAUGGCAAGCAAUACAAGUCGUUGGAAGAAGUCGUCGAGAAUGUGAAGCCCACUUGUUUGAUUGGACUCUGCACAAUCGGAGGUGUCUUCACCGAGCCGAUCGUGCGCAAGAUGGCCGAGCUGAACACCGAGCCGAUCAUCUUCCCCCUCUCGAACCCUUCCAGCAAGUCGGAAUGCACUUUCGAGCAGGCCAUGAAGUGGACUGACAACCGCGUCAUCUUCGCUUCUGGAUCCCCCUUCCCCUCUGUCGUUGUCGAUGGCGUCGAGAAAUCCCCCGGUCAGGGAAACAACAUGUACGUUUUCCCUGGUAUCGGAUUGGCUACCAUUCUCUGCGAAGCCGCCCACGUCACGGAGAGCAUGAUCUACGCUAGCGCCGCUGGUCUCGCCACCUCUCUGAACGAGGCUGAGAUUGCGCGUGGUGAUCUCUACCCCGAGCUCAAGAGGGUUCGCGAAGUCUCGGUCGUCGUUGCCCGCGAAGUGAUCCGCGCAGCCCAGAAGGAGGGUGUCGACAGGCACAAGCUUCUCCAGUUCCUCUCGGACAAGGAGUUGGACGACUACAUCAGGUCGAAGAUGUACGACCCCAAGGUUGUCGAGCUCCCCAGCCGCAACGUCUCGAGGGGUGGGAGCCCUUCCCGUGAAGGAUCUCCCAAUCACGAUCGUGGACGCUCAAACCUGUAGACUGCUCUGGCAACUACUACAGGCAAGAGAUGACAGGAUGGGCAUAAUGUUUUAGUGGGACUGGUUUCGUCUUGUUCAUGUCUUUUUUGGGCAUUGUUUUAUCGGGGUUCAUGGGGUGUUUUUCCGCUUUCUUUUUUUCUUUCUUGUUUGGGGAUUCAACUUUUUAACGGGGUUUCCGAUUUUCUGGUCUUUUUUUUCUUCUUUUUUAUCCCCUCGGCUUUUUAUGAGGCAUGGCUUGGCGAUACCUCUUGUUUUUCUUGUUUCUUGUGUGUUAUUCUAGGGAUCGGGAUCGGAUCGGGCCGGGAAUACCGGUAUGGUAUGGUUAAAUGAGGGGAUGGACAUCGCAGAAUCGAGAUAGAGUAGAAGUCGUCAAAGCAAACUGGUCGCAGUACCUAUACUUGGA